CCGUCCAGCAGCCUCCGCCCGCGGGCGGCGGGCCGGGCCCGGGCAGACGGGCCAUGGCGGGGCCGAGCCGGCGGCUGCUGCUGGCAGCCGCUGUCCUGGGCUCCUGCCUGCAGCCGGCGCCGGCCCAGAGCCACAUCGCCCUCACCCCUGACCCGCCGCCAGCCCCGCAGGUCGGGGGCGCCGUGACCUUGGCCCUGCAGCCACCGCAGAGCCUUGCGGUCUGCACCUGGUACCGCGCGGCUCAGAGCGUAUCAUCCGCCGAGAUCUUCACCUACGUCCAGGACAAGGGCCAGAGAAACGGCCCCAGCUACACGGGGCGCGAGACGGGGCGGCCCGACUGCUCCCUGCACAUCACGGGGUUAAUGCUGACCGACUCCAGCCCCUAUUUUCUGUGGAUGCCCACGACAGGCUCCAAGAUCACGGUGACCUUGACAGUGUAUGAGAUGCUGUCGCAGCCCAAGGUGAUAUCCUCCAACUUCACGGUGGUGGAGAACAGGACCCUGAAUCUCACGUGCGAAGCCCCCCCCAGCACCGAGACGCUGCUGUGGGACCGCGAUGGCUCUGUCCUUGUGCCCGGCAGCCGUGUGGAGCUGUCCCCAGGUAACCGGACCCUGACGGUGCUGGGGGUCGGCCGGGACGACGCUGGUAAUUACACUUGUGAGGUCAGGAACCCCAUCAACACAGUGCGGAGCGAGGGGGUCAUUGUGACCGUGAUCUAUGGUCCGGUCACUGCCCACAUCUCCCCGCCCGGGCCCCUGCACCCGCUGCUUGGUGACAACGUGACCCUGACGUGUGCGGCCGACUCGUUCCCAGCCCCGCAGUUCCACUGGUCCCACAAUGGGUCUGAUCUGGUCCCAGCCCUGACCAGUGCUGUCCUGAGCUUGGCGCUGAGGGGCGCGGAGCAGACGGGUGUGUUCGAGUGCCACGCCACCAACCCCCACACAGGCCGCAGAGCCACCACCUCUGUCUCCGUCGCCCUGGGGCCAGGGCAGCAGGCAGAUCCCAGUCUCUCAGCCGGAGCUGUAGCUGGGAUCACGCUGGCAGCCGCAGCGCUGGGGGGGGCCCUGGCCUAUGUCCUAUUCCGACACUGUCGGAGGAAGAAGACACCACAAGGCAGCACGGAUCCCCCCCCGGUGUAUGAGAAUGUGAACCCCCCGGCCUGCGUGGGGGCAGCGGCCCAGCCCGGGAGCUCCCCCGACCCCACCUACCAGACGCUGCAGCCCGGCACCAGGGACCUGUACCAGGAGCUGAGGACCUGAGCAAUGCCCCCCCAGCCCAGUGCAUGCUGGAAGCCCCAGUGCACUUGCCACCCCCAAUGUGGACAUAUACAGAAAACCCUUGUAUAUAUGCAGGUUCGGCAUUCACAGUUUCAAAUAUUCACGAAUGCUGAACCCACAUUGUAAAUACACUUUAUACACUUAUAAGUGCACUGGGGCUGAUAUGUGACAUCCUCGGGAGCUCUGCAGUUGCUGCUGCCAUGCUCCUGCUGCCCCCCCAGAGCCGCUGGGACACUGCGUUCUUCAACGCGGUCCUUAUUUGUGGAUUGCACCUUUCACGGGGAUACAAGAAUAUAUCCCCCGCGAAUGGCAAGGAUCGCCUGCAAAGCCCGGCUGGUUUGCUGCUUCCCCAGGCCAAAUCCUCUGUUUGGGCCUUCCUGGGUGAAAGCUCAAAACCUCCCUCCCGUGACUUUGGUCACCACAGAAACGGGGCAUCAAGAUCCAGACGACAUCUCUGCCCUCUUCAUUGUCACCUAUGGGGGGUUGAGGCCAUGAAUGCCGCAUGACCCCAGAGACCGGGGGUGCCUGGCAAUCUCCCACAGGCAGUGGCAGCGCUGUUGGUGGCAGGAGCAUGGUGGUGGUAAGCGGGGAGCUCCCGCAGGCAGCCACGGCGCUGUCAGCAGCAGGGUGGGGAGUGGCGAGCACCGACCAGCGGUCGGCGACCACCUGCAGACGCCACCGGCAGCAUCAGUGGUGGCCAGCAGUGACCACGGACCACCCGCAGACACCGCUGGCAGCAAGGGGUGGGAGUGGCAAGCAGCAACUGCCCGCAGGUGCCAUCGGCAGUGUCCGCAGCACCUUUUUGCAGGCAAUGCACUGCCACACUAAUGGGGUGUUCGUGGACGUGGGUGCACCCCCUACACAUCGCCAGUGGCUGAGGGCAUGGGACCUAGGCGUCCGGGCUCCCAGCACCCCGUGCUCUCACCCUACCACAAACCCCACUCCACUCCCAGAGCUGGAGGCAGCCCAGGUGUCUAGGUUCCUCACCAUGAGCCCUUCCAUAGCCCUCCUCUCCUGGACCAGGGAGAGAACAGGCUUCCUAGCUGCCCGACCGGGAAUGAACGCAGGAGUCAGGGAUCCCAGUGCCCCUGCUCAGCACACCCCCACCCCAAGCACCCACACUCCCCACUCCUAUCACAGCCAGAGGGAACCCAGGCAUCCAGGCUCCCUGCCCUAAACCACUCAACCCCCAACUCCUGUCCCAGCCCUGAGAGGGAACCCGGGUGUCUGGGCUCCCAACACCCCUGCUCUCAUGCCCCCAGACCCCACUCCCCUCCCAGAGCUGAUGACAAUCCAGGCGUCCAGGUUCAUGGGCAGGGGAGCAGCAGGAAUCAUAGACACAGAGGGCUGGGAGGGACCUCAGGAGGUCCCCUCCAGUCCAACCCCCUGCUUCAAGCUACAUCAUCCCAGACAAGGCUUUGUCUACCCAGGGCUUAAACACCUCCAAGGUGUCCAAAAUUCGUCCUAAUGUCCACACUAAGCCUCUUUUGCUGCAACUUGAGCCCCUUGCACCUUCUGUCACCUGCCACCACUGAGAACAGUCCCGCUCCAUCAUCUUUGCAACUGCUGUUCAGGGAGUUGAAGGCUGCUCUUCAGUCCCCCCUCAGUCAUCUCUUCUGCCGACUAAAUAAGCCCAGUUCCCUCAGCCUCUCCUCACAAGUCACAUCCCCCAGCCCACAAACCAUUUUCAUUGCCUUUUGCUGGACUCUCUCCAAUGUGUCCACAUCCAUUCUGCAGUGCAGGGCCCACAACUGAACACAGGACUCCAGAUGUGGCCUCCCCAGUGCAGAACAGACGGGAAGAAUCACUGCCCUCAACCUACUGGCACCGCUCCUACCCAUGCAGCCCAGGACGCCGUUAGCCUUCUUGGCAGCAAGGGUGCACUGCUGGUUAACAUUCAGUUUCUUGUCCCUCGUCACCCCCAGGUCUUUCUCUGCAGAGCUGCUCCCCAACGAGUCAGCCACCAGCCGGUCAGCCACCAGCCCUCCAGCAUAUCUACUCCUCCCCACUUCUUGAUGUCAUCUGCAAACUUGCUGAGGGCUCCUCCCAUCCCAUCUUCCCCAGUCAUUGAUGAAGACGUUGAACAAAACAUCCAGCAUUGACUACUACCCUCUGAACCCGACACUCCAGCCAGUUUUCUCUGCCCCUUACAGUCCAUUCAUCCAGCCCGGACUUCCUUAGCUUGCCUAUGGGAAUGCUGUGAAGACCGUAUCAGAAGCCUUGCUAAAAUCAAGACUCACCAUAUCCACUUGUCUUCCCGCAUGCACAGAGCCAGGGAGGCAGCAAACCAGCCAGGCUUUACUUGGCUGCAGCAGGGAGCUCAAGUGCACUGGGGCUCCCAGCAUGCACUGGGCCAAGGUGGGGGUGCAUUUCUCUGGUCUGCAGGUCCCAGUACAGGUCCCGGACUCUGGGCUGCAGUGUCUGGAGGGAGACGAGGGCAGGUCAGAGACACCCAGAGGAGAUGAGCAGGGGAUAGUCCCGCUGCUGUGAGCCCGCCUGCUCCAACACCCCCGCAGCCCCCCCUGCCCUCACACCGCUGGGGGGGGAACCCAGGCGUCCGGGCAGCGACUCACAGAGAGAGUAGGCCAGGGUCCCCCCCAGCACCGCGGCACCCAGCACGCUCCCAGCCACGGCUCCAGACAGCGCCGAGUGGGCACACCCCUGAGACAGAGCCAUUGUGGGACCAGUGGAUCAACGGGGCUGGGACCAAGUGGACCUUGCAAAUCAGGGUCAUGCUGUGGCUGAGGGGCAGGAACAGGGGCCCCAGCAGGGUAAUGUGGGUGUUAUCCAGACCGUCUGUGGGGACAGCGAGGGCUGACACUGCCCACAGCCACCCCAGAGCCAGCUGCAUCACACAGGUCCCGUUACACCUAGCCCCAAUGCCCACCCCACCGCCAGCUGCAUCUCAGGGCUCUGAUACAAGCCCGGACACCCAGCCCUAGAGCCAGCCACAUCCCAGGGUGUGAUACCAGCCCUGACGCCCACCCCAGAGCCAGCCAUGCUGUGUCUGACCACGAGGGCCAGAGAUGGCCGAUACUCACAGAUCACGUUCACACUGACCCCGUGUCGCAGAGCAUUGAGGUGUCCUGCUCCUAAAGAAGGGAAAACUGCCAGGGAAAGAGCCCUAGCAGUGAAUAUGGAGCCCAGCUGUUGGUUGCCAGGGCAACUGGAGGGAGCAAGAGGUCACACCUGGCAGCGGUCAGCUGAUUGAAAGGGGCAGGGCCUGGCUCCUUUAUAAACCUAGGAGCUGAGGCCAGAGGCAGUUUUCUGCCAGCAGCCCAGGAGGAAGGGGCUCUCUACCAUGGGAGAAAGGAGAAGCACAAUGUAGGAGCAGCUUCUAACACUGCUACGAGAUGGAGAACCCAGCUUGGAGGUCCCAGCGCUGGCCAACGUUAACGUGGUGAUGGGAGGAACGGGGGAGACAAAAGUCCUCACAUACAUGGAUGACCUGAACAUCAUACGCAGGGCAAAGGGUCAAUGGAAGGAGCACUACAACACACCCAAGUAUACAGAGCAGCAGCAGGAGCCAAGCUCAAAGUGAGCAAAAGCACCUGCCUAGUCCUGGGGCAGUUGCUGAGACAGUGGCAAGUGCACACAACGACCUACAGGAGCCCGUAGACCAGGGGUCGGCAACGUCUUUUGGCCGGAGUGCAGAAAAAACCCCAAUGUCUAUCUGUAAAUACAAGGCUUUCUAAACAUUCAAAAGCAAAUGACAAUAAAUAAAACGUCAUGCACUGGC